GCCGCCAGCGCCGGGCGGGUGCUGCCGCGGGGACCGGCGCUCGGCCGCGGUGUGUGUGCGUGUGUGUGUGUGUGCGGGCUCCGAGGGCCCCUGCGCCGCCGCACGAACGCGCGGCGCCGGUCGGAGGGCGCAGGUGCGGACCCCCGGGAGGGGAGGCCGGGACUGCGUGGCGGGGGAGGGGCCUGAAGGGGCCCCGGCGGCGGGACCAUGAACGCGGCGCAGGGCACGGUGGGCAGCGACCCCGUCAUCCUGGCCACGGCCGGCUACGACCACACGGUGCGGUUCUGGCAGGCGCACAGCGGCAUCUGCACCCGCACCGUCCAGCACCAGGACUCCCAGGUGAACGCUCUGGAGAUCACGCCGGACCGCAGCAUGAUCGCUGCCGCAGGCUACCAGCACAUCCGCAUGUACGACCUCAACUCCAACAACCCCAACCCUGUCAUUAACUACGACGGCGUGAGCAAGAACAUCACCUCUGUGGGCUUCCACGAGGAUGGGCGCUGGAUGUACACGGGUGGGGAAGACUGCAUGGCCCGGAUUUGGGACCUGAGGUCUCGUAACCUCCAGUGUCAGCGGAUUUUCCAGGUGAACGCUCCCAUUAACUGUGUCUGCCUGCACCCCAACCAGGCAGAGCUAAUUGUGGGCGAUCAGAGUGGUGCCAUUCACAUCUGGGACCUGAAGACUGACCACAACGAGCAGCUGAUUCCAGAGCCUGAAGUGUCCGUGAAUUCAGUUCACAUUGAUCCCGAUGCCAGUUACAUGGCGGCCGUUAAUAGCUCGGGAAACUGCUACGUGUGGAACCUGACAGGCGGCAUCGGAGAGGAGGUGACCCAGCUGAUCCCCAAGACCAAGAUCCCAGCGCACAACCGCUACGCCCUUCAGUGCAAGUUCAGCCCUGACUCCACACUCUUGGCUACAUGUUCUGCAGACCAGACAUGUAAGAUCUGGAGGACGUCAAACUUCUCUCUGAUGACAGAACUGAGUAUUAAGAGCAAUAACCCAGGGGAAACGUCUCGGGGCUGGAUGUGGGACUGCGCCUUCUCUGGGGACUCCCAGUACAUUGUCACAGCGUCCUCUGAUAACCUGGCCAGGCUUUGGUGUGUAGAGACAGGAGAGAUCAAGAGGGAAUACAGCGGCCACCAGAAAGCCGUCGUCUGCCUCGCUUUCAACGACAGUGUGUUGGGAUAACAUCACAGGUGGGAAGGAGAGGACCUCUGCUGCUUCCCCUGGUCUGACAGAGGCAAGCAACCUCGCUGGAGCCUGGGACACACACUUGAGACCCUCCCUCUGAUGGAGAGGGCUCAGCCUCUGGCAGGAGCAGCUGUAUCUGCCUGGAGUGGGACCAGGCUUCAGCACCGAGCAGGUCAUCACAGAAACGUGCAACCUCUAAGGGAUGUGACUGAGGGGAAUGGGAGAGGGAGGCACAAUCCCACCGAGGGGAGCUGGGCACAGUUGAGCUGAAGGGAUCCCUGUGGCAUUGGCUGCUGACAGCUUUGUAAUGUCUUUGUUUCCCAAAGUGGAAAAAAUAAAAGCAGCCUUUCUGAAUGAUGGAAGAGGCUGAGCAAAGACAGGAAA